ACUUCACAAUGGUCAACUCAAUUGGAAUCAUCCAAAUGUAAGAACUUCUCGAUCAAUCACUCCAUUAGUCCUAUGAGGCAGAAGUUCGGAUGAUAAUCAAUUGAGAAUUAUACAAAUUUUGUUUUAGUCACUUGGUUCCCCUCUGCAUUUAUCACCGGAACAUCUAUAUUCUCCUACUGUAGGGUCCUGGAUCGUUAUCAUUCAUCAGUUGAUUCUUUUACAUUGCAUUUCAUGGUCACUCCUGUUCUUACCUCACACAAUGCCUGAUGUAACUCGAAAGCCGAAGGCCAAACUCGAACCUAUCGAAGAUGCAUCACUUCCUCACUCCCUCCGCUGGAAGCCCGAUAUUUCGAACUUUGAGGAUUCGAAACCUACACGCAAGCGAGUCAAGCGAUCACCAGAUAUCAAGUCUGAGGAACUGACUAAAACCCCAGUCAAACCACCAAGUCCUUCCAAGCCAGUCAGUUCGCCGAGUCUGAAGACCGCAGCUAAGAAGGCGAAGAAGUACCACUUCACGCCUGGUUCCACCCCGUAUCCAGAUCACAAUAUGCCUACACCUGAAGCCUGCGAGGAAGUCAAUCGUAUUUUAUCUAAGGCGCACGGGAAAGUCGAAGCACCGAAAAUCAUCGCUACGCCAUCAAUGAAAGUUGCUGGCUGUGGCGAGGUUCCUGACCUUCUCGAUGCACUCAUCCGAACUCGUCUGAGCGCCACAACAUCUUCUACUAACGCCAAUCGUGCCCUAGAAGGGCUCCAGAAAGCAUAUGGUCUCCAGACCUCGGGUCCUGGGAAAGGAAGCAUCAACUGGGAUGCUGUUCGGAGAUCUGAUAUCCCCAGUAUCACAGAAGCGAUCAAGCGAGGAGGGCACCAGAACGUCAAGUCGGUGGAUAUCAAGUCCAUCCUUGAUACUGUCUACGAGCAGAAUGUUGCCCGCCUCGAAUUCCUUCGCCACGGGGCGAAGUCUGAGGACCCCGAGAACGCUGUCCGAGAACAAGAACCUGCGUCCGAAGAGAUGAGAAAGGACGAGAUUGCUCUGCUAGAACGAAACAUGCUCUCCCUCGACCGCAUCACGCGCAUGAAACCCUUCGAAGCCAUGGAAGAAAUGAUGAAAUUCAAAGGAAUCGGGGUCAAAACCUCUUCCUGCGUUCUCCUCUUCUGCAUGAAAGUCCCCAGCUUCGCAGUCGACACGCACGUCUGGCGGCACUGUAGAUGGCUUGGUUGGGUUCCGGAGAAGGCCAAUAGAGAUCAGACGUAUAGUCAUUGCGAAGUUCGCGUGCCGGAUCAUUUGAAGUACUCGUUGCAUCAGUUGCUUAUUCUGCAUGGGAAGAGGUGUUAUAGGUGUAGGUCGAAUACGUCGUGGGGGACGAAGAAGUGGGAGGAGACCGUUUGUCCGAUUGAGCAUCUUGUGGACCGGAAGGAGGGGAAGAAGAGGCCCGGGUUUGUGGCGUUGAAGAAAGAGGUUGGUGAGGGUAAGGGGGGUGUGAAGAGGAAGAAGGUUGUGAGGAAGAGGGUGAAGAAGGUAGAUUCGGAUUCUGAUGAAGUAAGUGUAUUUCAGUUGUAUAUUUGUGAAAUUUUGCAAAGACUUGAAGGCUUUCAAAAUAAGGUACUGACCAGAAAAUGAUAGGAAUUAAGCGACUGCUCAGAUUUCAGCGAUAAUUAAGUUGAUGACGGGGGGCUGAUGUUGAUUGACACAUUUUGGAUAUACUUAUGAUCCUUACGACUCAAAUAUCAUUGCUAUAGGUUUAGACUAUCGGAGAUCUGCUGGGGAGGAUGCUACCUCGCUACUUGGACAAUCCAGUGUUGAUCAGCUGUGUACAUGGCAUAUAUGUGGAGUUUUGGAGGACAAGGCUUGGGUGCUGGCAAUAUAGUAAUCCUGAUACGUACAAAGACUCAAAGCAUAGAUUUAUUUAGAGCAAAUUUCUUGUACAAUGUCCACGAAAACAUAUCUUUUUCAAAUCAUGGGAUCAAAUGCAUACAACGAAGACACAUUCACUGAGGAUGAUUAGAUUUCUAUUGGUUGGUAGUUUGCCCAAACCAAUUCCAGCAUCGUAAAAAGUCCAAAAAAGACAGCAAAUGGGAGCCAAAUAAGCAGUAUCAAGAUCCAGUUGUAACAAUUCAAUGCCACUCCAAGCCACCCCUUUGCAGCGAACGAAUCUCCAGCCAAAAGAGGCAUACGAGAGACGAGCCUCCCCGCGUCUCUGCGGACCGGCAGGAGAGUUCAGGCUAAAGUGACAGGAACGCUAGCAGGGGUCCUCCUUCCCCAGAAUCCAAAAUUCUGCGAACGCGUGAGG